AUUACAAAGCAGGUAUGCUGCUCAGUGGGGUAGGAGAUGCCAUUGGUUACAGAAAUCAGAUGUGGGAAUACAACCAAUCUGGCCCUGCUAUUCAUCAGGUGUUUUAGAUACUUGUUAUGAAAGUACUGUCGUCAGGGCUGGAUUGGGCAUACCGGGCAUUUUCCCGGUGGGCCGAUGUACUUUUUGGGCCGAAACGGACGCAUGGGCCAGAGAGAUGGACCGUUUAGAAGCGUGAAUUGGGCGCGUAUGCACGGAACGCGAACGCAAUUGCGAAUCGCACAUGUAUGCAGGAAAGGCAAUGACAGCAGCACAACAUAACACUCAACCUUUUUUCAUCAACAUUGUCUGCAUUGUAUGCAUUUUAAUACGUAAUAAUGGUCAGAAUAAUGUAUUAUCAUGUCACAAACCUAAUGGUGCUGGUAAUGAUGAUUCUCUCUGACCAGUCAGUCAUCUGUGUGUUUACGUGUCACAUUUUAGCUUGGAACCUUAGCCGAGGUGGUACUAAAAUAAAAUAGCAGGCACUAGCAGGGAUUUAAUUGGGAUUUGUUAUGUGGCAGAGCUCUCUGGGGAAUUUUGAGGGGUGAGUAUACAAAACUUAUUAAUUUGACAAAUUGUCAAAUAUAAGUUGAGAUGCCCUCUACAUGUGAUAAGAAUAAAAUCUUAAAACAGCUCAUUAUGUUUUGAAACUUGCAGACAACAGUGCGCACCGGAUGAGGAGCAGUGCCGAGCGUCAUGUCUACAACUCGCAAAUAGGCAAUGCACGUCUGGGCGCUGCAAAAGGAAACACAAGCACGCACAGACACGGAUUUCUGCACGUACGCGGUUAAUGUGCAACUGUGAAUUGGGUUACUGCGGAUAUAGAUCCGUUUUUCCAUGAUUAUCAAUGAACUGCAAGCGCUCGGAGGGCUAGAAAACAUCUAUGCAGAACUUCCUGAAUGGCCUGUGAGUGAUGACACAGUACUUCACUUAGCAACUGCUGAGGCUCUAGCAACAGGAAAAGAAGGUGAGGAGUUACUGCACGAGGUUGCCUUUGGUUAUGUAGAGGGAAUGAAGGACAUGGAAGGAAGAAAGCCUGGACCAUCUAGCAUUCUGGGUAUUUCUCAGUUGCGGCCAGGCAUUGAAGGAGGUUUCAGGAUUCUCUACAAUCCAGAGGGCACAGGUUGUGGGGCAGCUAUGAGGUCCAUGUGCAUCGGCCUUAGAUAUCCUCGUCCUGAGCAACUGUCCUCACUGGUUGCAGUUGCUGUGGAGACUGGAAGAAUGACGCAUCCUCAUCCAACCGGAUUUCUCGGCGCUGUGGCUUCAGCCUUGUUUGUCGCCUACGCAGUCCAGCGGAGACCAGUCGUGACUUGGGGUUUGGGUUUGCUGGAAGAGGCUUGUCCUAUAGCAAAGUCAUUUGUGCAGUCUACAGGUUAUGCUGUUACUGAGACUCAGAGAGACUGGGACUACUUUAUUGAGAAAUGGAAAUGGUACUUAGAUCUCAGGGAACUGUCUUCUGGGACUGGGCCAGUUAACCUGCCGGACCAGUAUGGGCCAGCUGAACGAGAUAAGGCUUACAAAAGCUUUAGCCUAUCAGGGUGGGCCGGUCGCAGCGGUCAUGAUGCUCCAAUGAUAGCUCUGGAUGCCAUUUUGGGGGCUGGCUCAAACUGGGAGGAACUCAUGAGUCGAGCGGGAUUACAUGGAGGAGACAGUGACAGUACUGCAGUGAUCGCCUGCUGCUGUUGGGGUCUGCUGUAUGGGACAGAGGGAGUGCCCGAGUGUAACUAUAAAAACCUGGAGUACAGAGGCCGUCUGGAAAGCACAGCUGAAAAACUAUAUGCUCUUUCUCACUGAUACAGAGGCAAACUCACAAAGGAAAACACACCUAGUGUGAGAAACAAGCAAAAAAGUACAAUAAUACAUCUUUUGAAAGAAUACGCUUUGCUUGAAAGACUCAUAAUGAAUGCCAUCUCAGAUAUAUGUAUGACUUCCUUCCUUCAGCUAAGGACAAAUGAAUAUUAGUAUGUAUGACAAUAUUUUAUGGCCUUACAUCGGAUAGCGCUGAAAUUAAACUUCAAAUCAUUAUUUCCUUUUAGCUUUAAUGUGUUUGUUUUGGUUUCUGGUUUCGAUUCUGCGAAUUAAUUUGAAAAUAUAGGCGUCACCAUAUACCAGUAUUCUGCAUAAACCCUUCUUUAGAUCUAAUUUGUGACAGUUUACUGUAAAAUUUGAUUUUAAAAUACAUGUUAGAUGCAUUUCUAUGAUUGCCCAGUUAUGUAUCAAAUGAACA